AUGUCUCGUCUGGGCAAUUGUGACGAUGAAGGAGAGGGUGGACAAUGGCUCCCAGUAUCAGAAUCUAAGGAAGGGAAGACCCAUUCAAGAACGAUUGGCCAAAUUGUUGCAUCGAGAAGCGGGUGUUUACCAAAACGUGAUAAACAAAAACCAAUUUGGUUUUUUGCAGGGUAGGUCUACUGUGACCCAGUUACUCUCUACUUUUCAUGACUUCGCCAGAUCUAGGAAUUCAUCUGUAGCAACAGAUGUUGUAUUUCUUGAUCUCGCAAAGGCUUUUGAUAGUGUUCCUCAUGAGCGUCUACUCAUAGAGUUAUAUAGCCUCGGUAUUGAGAGCAAACUUCUUAACUGGUUGAGGCAUUUCCUCACGUGUAGAAAGCAACGAGUUGUUGUAAGAGGGACUUUUUCUGAUUGGGCACCUGUGAUAUCUGGUACCCCACAGGGAACUAUUCUUGUUCCAAUUUUAUUCCUAUCAUAUAUAAAUGAUAUCGUUGAUAGUGUCUCUUCAAAAAUUAAAUUAUUUGCGGAUGACACAAAGAUUUAAGGAGAGCUUCGCAACCCUAGUCUCGAUGAACAAUACCUUCAAACUGAUUUGAAUAAUCUUGGUAAAUGGGCGAAAAAAUGGCAACUUCGUUUCAAUGAGGAAAAGUGUGAAGCAAUGCGAAUAACGCAUUCUCGUGACAAAUCGACUACGAAUUAUAAACUAGGUACGGCCUUAAAAGAUGUCAAGAGCUUUAAAGAUCUUGGAAUUAUUAUAUCAAAAGAUCUUACUUGGAGUGAACAUAUUAGUACUAUGGUGAAUAAGGCGAACCAAGUCCUAGGGCUAAUAAGACGGUCUGUUGGAACAGCUAAUACAACAACUUUUUCAUUGCUUUACAAAACAUUGGUCAGACCACUUCUAGAGUAUGCUGCUCCAGUCUGGAACCCAUAUCUUGUCAAAGAUAUUCAUGCAAUAGAGAGCGUGCAAAGACGCGCGUCAAGAUUAGCUCUUAGGCAAAAAAGAGGUGAUAUGUCUUAUGAAGACCGUUGUGACACGUUACAUUGGCCAUCUUUGUCCAGUCGUAGGACAUAUUCCUCUCUUGUUGAAUGUUAUAAGAUCGUGUUUGGCUUAUCACACUUGGAUUUUGAGGAAUUCUUUCAAUUCGGUAAAGUCAAAUCCACUAGGGCAAAUCACUCGUAUAAGCUUUAUUGUAAAUUAUCUAGAAUCAACUGUUUUAAAUAUUAUUUUUUUAACAAUGUAAUUAGUUAUUGGAACAAUUUACCUAGUAAUGUUGUUGAAGCCGGUACCCUUGAACUUUUUAAAUGUAAACUCAAAUCCUUUUUAAAGUUGUAAUUUUUAUUGUUUGUUUGUUGUUUUUAGGAGAGUUUUAUUCAUAGGGUUAACCUCAAGACUCUCCCUUUCAAAUUUAUGUAGUUAUAUAUGAGUUUGAAUAAACAUGUAUGUUAUGUUAUGCUAUGUUAAGGUACCUGUGGGUUUGAAGAAUUGGAAAAAUUUCAAGACUUUCUAGGACCACAGGGAUACCAACUCAUUGUCGUCGAACCGUCUAAAUGUUUAAUUGUGUUCAAAGAGGCAAAAUACAAUAACACACCGCAUGUUAUCUCACUGGUGAAACAUCAAGACCAUUUCGAUGGGUUAACUAGCAUCCCUGCCCUUAUCAAUUGUUCCUAUUACUGUCGUCUGUGCGAUAAGGGUUAUGAUGUCGAGGGCUCCGCCCACCACAAUUGUUGCGGACAGAACUGCCCCUCCUGUCUUCGAACAAAUAAGACCUGCCCAAAUUAUGCUGCGUGGAUCAAGCCAACCCUUGAAUGUCCAAACUGCAACUGCAAAUUUUAUGGCCAAGAUUGUUUUGAAACCCACAAAAAGAAAGGAAAGAAGAAAGACGACAAAAGCAUUUGUGAAAGCUGGAGAAAAUGUUUGAAAUGUGCCGCC